AUGGCUUCCUUUCGUUUCUGUGCAGAAUGCAACAACAUGUUGUAUCCAAGAGAAGACAAGGAUAAUGCCAGACUUCUAUACUCCUGCAGGAACUGUGACUACACUGAGUUGGCAGAAAACGCCAAGGUCUAUCGUCACGAGUUGAUCACCAAUAUAGGUGAGACUGCAGGUGUUGUUCAGGACAUUGGCUCUGACCCAACGUUGCCCAGAUCUGACAAGCUUUGUCCGCAUUGCGGCAAUCAUGAAUGUGUGUUUUUUCAGUCCCAGCAGAAGCGGAAAGACACUUCGAUGAUUUUGUUUUAUGUGUGCUUGGAAUGUAAGAGGGUUUUUAGAACGUGA